UCCCUCGGCCCGUGUGGGAGCGGAGCGGCCCCGCAGUGCCUGCAGCGUGGCUUUGACCCGAGCGGUGCUCAGUGGGUGAAACUCACUGGGAAGCAACGGGAGCGGGAGAUAAAAUCCUGUGCUUCCCGGCCUCCCCUAGCUGUGCGUUUAAAGCCGUGUAUCCAAAGCCCAUGACCAGAGUGGGUGUUUGCCUGAGACUUUGCCCUCCUUGCCUCAGGUCUCUUGGCUGUGAGCGCUGCUUUCAGCUCGCUGCCCUCCUCCAUUCCAAAGCUGCGCAGAGCCCAGGCCGCAGCUGGUGUCGGGUUUGUUACCCAUUGUCCUGCUGCUUGGGUUUGUCACCCUUUCUCCCGCACCGAGCAGCAGAUUUUUAAGAUGUUUCUGCUCCGGGUGACCAAGCGGCUCUAUUGCAGGAGCAGGAUUAAAGGGUGUAGCUUUGCCUGGGCAGCCUGUCUGGAGAGGAGGGCCCGAGGCUGGGCUGAGGCUCUGCCCUGGGCUGGUGUUUGUGCAGGGGCACUGAGCACUCGAGCACAAAUGGGGUGUUGCAGACACAGAUCAGCUCCAGGUUUUCAGUUUGAACGCGCAAGACGCUCAAGAGAGAUUUUCUGUCCUUCUCCGAAAACACCCAGCUGAUGAGCACGCGCUGCUUUUCAUCGUGCUGGGUUUGGUGCAGGGCUUGUGUUUUGCAGGCAAUGAGUGACAACGAGAGUGACAGCAAGGAGGACUGGCUGGCUCUGAGGCCCCAGGAACCUUCUCCAUCGCAGUGCUGCGGCAGCGGCUGCAAGCCCUGCAUCUACGAUGUGUACGAGAAGGAGCUCGCGCAGUGGGAGAGAGCCAAAGCAGUGCAAGACAAAAGCCUUCUCACGGGAAAGAAGGAGCAGAGCAAUAAUUCAGAGCUGAAUCCAGAUACAUUCACUGCAUUCAGCGUGAGCUCGGUGGAGCAGCUGACAGAGGACACCUACCAGUACAAAUUUGAAUUACCGGGAAAUAGCAGCCUGCCAUUGAGUUUAGGACAACAUAUCGUGUUAAGAGGAGUGGUGAAUGGUUUGGAGGUCCAGAGAGCCUACACUCCAAUUAGCCCCAGGAAUGCAGAAGGUUACUUUGAAGUUCUAAUCAAAUGCUAUGAAGCUGGGCUAAUGUCACAAUACAUAAAAACGUGGAAAAGAGGAGACGUGGUCUUUUGGCGUGGGCCGUUUGGAGGGUUCCCAUAUCAACCUAAUAAGCAUGGAGAACUCCUCAUGCUGGCCUCUGGCACCGGCCUUGCACCAAUGAUUCCCAUCCUCCAGUCCAUAACAGAUGAUGAAGAGGAUGAAACCUUUGUAACUCUUGUUGGCUGCUUCCCAACCUUUGACAAAAUUUAUUUAAAACCUCUUCUGCAGGAUUUGGCUCGGUACUGGAAUAUUAGAAUAUUUUAUGUCCUAAGCCAGGAAACAUCACUGGAAGAACUUCCUUGGAGCUAUCAGGAAAACACGUACACUGGUCGUCUCAAUGAAGACUUGAUGAAGACAAUAGUAAAUUCCUGUCGAAGAAAGCCAUUUGUAUUAAUUUGUGGCUCCUCUGCAUUCAGUGAAGAUAUGAGUAGAUACUUGAAAGCUGCAGGAAUUGAAGAAGAUUCCUGUUUUGUCUUUUAGCAGUACAUUCCUGACCUGAGGAACCUGAGGCUGAGCCUUGGAUGUCCUCUUUUCUUUGCAGACAUUGCACAAAAUGGGCCUGCUCAGAAGACUGAGCUCCUUGGAGCAACUCUUUGUUGAUCCUCACUCUGGGGUGUUUUAGGGAACUGGUGCCAUUCCAGAGUGGAUGGUACAUGGUGUGCCACCCAUACCUCAGGGACCUGCAUGGCAGUUUUAAUGGAAGUCUUCAAGUGCAAUUUUAAGAGAGAGAUCUCCUAGAUAACUAGAAAGCAUCCAUGCAUACAGCUGUGCUGUAAUAUGAGGAUUGGUGACUUGCUUUGCAGUCUGUGUUAUUCUGCAGUGGUGUUGUGCCCUGUUAGGUGUCCAGAGGAGAGAUAUAAUCCUCAGGGAUUCUUGCCAGGCCAAGGGGACAGCAGAGUUGGGAUCACUUUGGUUCUGUCAUGUGCAGGCUGAUGUCAGCCAGGUCCUUUCAACCUCACUGUGCCUCAGUUGCCCCAUUGUACAUUAAUACAGAGAAAGUGGCACUGGUCUCUGAAAACAGCCAUUCCAACCGUAUAUGGAAAAAGUAUCCAUAAGGAUGGAAUUCUACAUUCUGUCUAGUGAGAACCUAGGCAGGCUGAGCUCCUGUUCUGGCACAGCCUGUGUUACCUGCCCUGUGCUUAGCCCUUGAAAUGCUGCCUGGGGACACAAAGAGCACGUCCUAAAUCUGGGAGGGCGUGGCUGGGUGGUGGCUGCUGUCUGUCAGGGAGGAUGGUUAUUUGCUUUCCAUGUCCCCGAGUGUUGUAUCAUGACCCUGGCUCGUUAAAUUGAACCUCUUCACAAAUAAACAGCUGUUUGAUGUUG